AGCGCAGCAGACAGAGAUGAAGCGAAUAACAGUCCGGGAGAAGAUGGGCUACAUACCUGUAAACUAAACCGCACUAAACUGGAUCAUGGUUUUGUUACACGGAUUCUGGAUUCUAUUCAUAUUUUCACUGCAAAGUUGUGAUGGUGUACAUGUGAUUGUGAAAGAUGAGAAGAAGUUUGCUAUGCUGUUCUCCUCCAUCGUGCUUCCGUGUCAUUACACCACCAGCUCCUCUCAAACCCCCGUGGUGCAGUGGUUGUACAAGUCCUACUGUACAGACCGUACUCGGGAUUCCUUCACAUUUUCUGAGUCCCUGGGAGUCCACGUAUCUGAUCUGGGAGCCUCGUCUCAUCUGGAUUGCUCUGACGAAAGCCGCACAGUCCGCAUAGUGGCCUCCGCACAGGGACUUUCCACGACCUUAGCAGAGCACUACAAAGGAAGAGACAUCUCCAUCAUUAACAAAGCAGAUCUGCGCAUUGGACAGCUGCAAUGGGGCGACAGCGGUGUGUAUUUCUGUAGGGUGAUCAUUGCUGAUGAUUUGGAAGGGAAAAAUGAAGGCCACGUGGAGCUGCUGGUGCAGGGUAGGACAGGUGUGCUGGAUGACAUCCUGCCUGAGUUUGAUUUGGAGAUUAUGCCAGAGUGGGUGUUUGUAGGAGCUGUCGUCCUUGGUAGUGUUCUCUUCCUGUUGUUGGUUGGGAUCUGCUGGUGCCAGUGUUGCCCUCACUCCUGCUGUUGUUAUGUACGCUGCUGCUGCUGUCCUGAUACAUGCUGCUGUCCAAAACACUUAUAUGAAGCAGGGAAGAUGGCGAAGAGUGGUCAACCUCCACAGAUUCCCAUGUAUCAACCUUACUACGUUCCUGGUGUUCCUGUGGUUUCUGUAGUUCCUCCAGCUGCACCAUCUAUCAUUGAACCCAAGAUAACUACAGUGAAUCGUUCAGUAGAAAACAAUAUAGCUGGAGUGCGCAGUGGCUAUCGACUCCAACCCAGUCAGGGUCAGGACGCUAUGAAGGUUGUGUACUACGUAGAGAGGGACCUGGCGCAGUUCCACCCUACCAAGGGGGGCAGUCAUCCAUCAGCUGGCAGCCUAUCAGAACUCAGCUCUCUGCAUGACGGUGAAGUAGACUUCAGGCAGACCUAUCGGCAGGUCCAGAGGAAGGCACUGCCACCCAUCAAUGACCAUAUGGAUGAGCCACGUAUCCGAACAGCAUCAAUUGGCAAUGGGCUUCGCUCCUCGCAUUAUCAGAGCAAUCACUCUCUGGAUGAGCAUGACAACAGAUGGAACUGUCGUUCUGAGCACCUGCCCCGCAAAGCCUUUGAUGCUAGGGGGCGCACAGGGUCACUAGAUGAGCUGGAAGAGUUUGCUAUGUCAUACGGCCCACAUGGUCGUCGGAGAGGUGACUAUCGUGGACCUCAGCGAGACUUUGAAAUGGGUCCAAGGUCGCGGGACCAUCCAACGUCAUACCGAGACGGGCCACGGUAUUCUCGUGAUGAUGAUGAAGACGACUGGCGUCGUCGAGGCUCACCACCUUCACCGCCAAAAAGGCGCAUCACUGCCGGCAGUGAGCGUUACCUCGCUCGUCAGAGGUCUUACGAUGAUACCUACCUGAACAGUCUGCUGGAGCGCAAGGCGAGGGGCCACGGAGAGCGAGGUGGGAGGGCUGAUGAUGACAGUGACACACCCUCGAAAGGCAGUUCCAAGAAGAGCAGUGACUGUUACAAUAGCAGGUCACCGAGCAACCGUCCCGAGGAGGAUGAUCCUUUACCUCCAUACUCUGAGAGGGAGGCGGAGAGGUAUAGAACUGAAGAGCAUUUAGGGAGGGAGCGGUACAGGACUGUUGAUCCUGCCACACGGCCUUUUUCGUACACACGUCCAGCUCAUGGACUGUCCCAUACGUUACAGGAGCGCAGAGAGGACAGGGACAAACCCAGGAAACUGACUUCCCAUUUUGAACUACCGUUCAAUAGUUUGGGACCACUCAUCUAAGCAGAGACUCUCUAAUUGUGUGACGUCGUCAGACUGAGCUGACAUCAUACUAAUAACAUCACCAUCCAGCUGAAGAGAAAUGCCUCAGACACUAAACAUCAACACAUUUUAUGCAGAAUCACACAGACAUGAAGAGUUUGGGAACUUUUGCUGGUCAAGGGCAAGAACGUAGUGUGUGUGUCUGUCUUUUUUUCUUUUUUUAUAUUGCUAAUUAUGUCAAAAGAUCUACUUAAUUAGUCGUCAGACUACCGAUGCUCUAAAAGGACUUUAAAAGUUCAGAUGAUAUUCAAGUGCUCUAAACAUUCCUUGAUGUUUUGUAUAUUUUCAGUACUGUACUGGGACACUGUCUCUGAUAUUUCAAUAUUGCCAUUGCCUUUGUUUGCACUGCACUGUACUGUACAUUUGUGUCAGUGUUAAUCAGUUGGCUCUUGAGAGAAGCAUGAAAGACUGUGCUUUUGAUAAUGUGCCAUUUAUUUGUAUUCCAUGGUUUUAAAAUAAUGAUUUUGAUAUAAACA